CCUGAGGCCAAUUGAUCUCAAAAGUAUCCCGAGCUAUUCCCUCACUCAACAUGGUGACCAGUAGUGCAACCUUGUGCAAUGAGCCUCGACGUGAAGCUGAGCGUAUUCAAGUCAGUAAGGUCCAACCUUUAUUCGGAGAAAUGAAAAAGUGAAAUCACGAACGAAGAAGAUCUUGAAGAAAUGCGCACACGCUAUGAUACCGAAAUGCUAAUCAUGAAGCUAGGAGUUCAACUACGAAAACCUAUCAACUUUGACGAUGAAGAUGGAGCAAUUGUCGAUCAUAUCGAAGAUGAAAAGAAUUUUGACCAAAUGAUCGAAGAUUUAUUGAAGAAGAAUGAGCAAUUACAACGAAUCUCUCAAAGUGUCAUGUCAGGGCAAGUCAAAGCUACGGAAGAAGCAUUCAAGAUGACGCUAGGCCUACAAAAGAGUUUCGAGGAAGCUUUGAAGUAUUAUGACACUUACAUCAGACGAAUUCAAGCAACCGUGGAACACCGAGAGCAAAAUCGCGCAGCAUACCUAAAUGAAUUGCAAGCUAUCCGUAACAACUUUGUCAAAGAUGCCAAUCAAGGUCAACAGAAGCACGAAGAACUGACCGACAAGUUAUUACAAGAAACGGCAAAGAUUCUCAAGCACAAAAAAUUGUCCAAAGUCGAGGAAAUUAUUGAAUCAGCUUAUGUUGAAAUGGGUAACAAGAUUAGAAGCAAAUUAUCUGAAUUUUGAAUCAUUUUUUGGGAUCAAAUUGUCAUGGCAUAUCAUUUCAAAUCUCCGAACAAGGUCAUGAAUAUAAACAAGCAAGCAAGCUCAUUGAGCUGCGCGUAAGAAGAUAGAAUCG